AUGCCUUUCUAUGCCAUUUCGGUCAUGGUAUUAAUUUCAUUUCUUCAUGAUGCAUAUGAUAUGGUGAAACAGGUUUGGUUUGCCGAUGACUCGACCGCAGCGGGUAAACUACGUGCUUUACUGGCGUUUUUUGAAAUGCUAAUAAGCGAAGGCGUAAAGUAUGGCUACCAUGUCAACAGUGGGAAAUCUUGGUUAGUAAUUAAAGAUCCGUGUGAUAUAGAGAGAGCCACUGAAUUAUUUAAAAGUCACGACAUCAAGAUUACAUCCGAUGGUCAUAGAUUACUGGGAGCUGUCAUUGGAUCUACUUGUUUCAGAGAGGAAUAUGUUAAUAUCAAAGUCUCUACUUGGUGUACUGAGCUCGAAAAUCUAUGCUCUAUAGCGAAGUCGCAGCCACAUGCCGCAUACGCUGCUUUUGUGCAAGGUUAUAAGCACAAGUUUACUUUUUACAUCCGGACUAUUCCAAACGUGGCCCAUUUGUUCCAACCUGUAGAAGAAAUUAUUUGUUCGAAAUUUCUACCAACUAUAUUUGGCCAGGAUAUUUCUCAACUUGAUCGGGAAAUUUAUGCUCUACCCAUACGUAAUGGAGGACUGGGAAUACCACGUAUUCCAGAGGAUGCUGAUUUCGAGCGAAAUACGUCAAAACUGUUAUGUGCUCCACUAUCUGCUUUGAUCACCAUUCAAGCAUGUAAUCAACUUCCACAAGACGACGCAAUAACCAACGUAAAGUCCCAAGUUCGAAGUCUUCGGGUGGAAAGAGCAACUACCUCCUCAUUAUCGGUUGAUAUUCAACUUUCCCAAGAGCAGCAUCGAACAAUCUCUUUAGCCCGAGAUAAAGGUGCCUCUGGAUGGUUAAAUGUCUUACCACUGCAAGAAGAAGGCUUCUGUCUGAAUAAAGACGAAUUCAGAGACGCUUUGGCGCUGAGAUAUAACAAAUAUAUCCCAGAUCUCCCAAGCAUAUGUCCCUGUGGAAAACCUUUCGAUCCUUACCCCGCGAUGGAGUGUAAAAAAGGUGGCUUUAUACACGCGCGCCACGACCAAAUGAGAAAUCUGGAAGCUGCUCUCCUCUCUGAAGUCUGCAAUGAUGUUUCUAUCGAGCCACCUUUACAACCGGUGACAGGAGAAGAAUUUGCCUUGAGAUCAACAAACACAGAAGAUGAAUCGCGACUUGAUGUGAAAGCUAGGGGUUUCUAUAGACAUGGCCAAAGUGCAUUUUUUGACAUAAGAGUAGCACAUCUUAACGCCGCGUCCUAUAAGUUACUACCAACCCACAAGAUCCUCUCACGUCGUGAGAAUGAGAAGAAAAGAGAAUAUAAUCGAAGAGUAAUUGAAAUUGAGCAAGCAGUUUUUACACCAUUGGUCUUUGGCACAAAUGGUGCGAUGGGUAAAGAAUGUGCGAGAUUUCACAAGAUUCUUGCUACAAAGCUGGCAGCCAAAUUUGGCAAACCAUACUCAAUAACUAUGUCUUGGCUACGUACGAAACUCUCUUUUUGUCUGCUGAGAUCUUCCCUUCUAUGUUUGAGGGGCACUAGAGUUCCAUUUUAUAUGAAUAAUACUAGCUUGUUUGACACUUUGUACUAACUUGAACCUUUUUAAACGAAUUGCUUUAAUGGAUUUUAUAUAUUUUUAAUGUAUCUAGCUAUGAUCAAUCUAUGAAUAAAUCUUUUCAUUAUAAUAAAGUAUAUUUAUAGCUAUUAUUCACACAACAUCACGCACACGAACUUCAGAGAAUAUGGUUGGUUGUAUUGGAAAUAAAUUAUCAUGGUAAUUAGUGAGCGGUGUUCAAAUUUCCUUGAGAUUGUUGCAGGCUCUCAUUUACCCAUUGCACCUGCCACGCAGUCUAAUAAUGACCAGGCUUAGCUUUUAGCUGUCAAAUGGUUGUCACCUUUUAUCGAAUAAUUACGAUAAAGAUAACCAUGUGUGAUCUUGUUUAAAGUAAUCGGUUGAAUUCAUAUUUUUCCACAUAUGGGAUUUAAAGUUCGCCCAAAUUUCGAAUAUUUGCCCAAAUGUUUGUUGCGCAUUUAGGAAACGUAUGCUAUUGUGUGAUCAAUCUGCAAGGAUGCAGUGUUGUAAAAUGUUGUAGGCGCUCAAUAUGGAUCAGGGCCGUAACAAGGCGCGAUAAUUGGGCGGGGGUGGGUGCAUAUUUAAAUAUUCGUGGUCUGCGCUACGGAUUUCGAUGUAAAAUUUCGAUUUCGGUCCUGAUUUCGAUGUAAAAUUGCGAUUAAAAUUUAUCAAAACUUGAUGCUUACACAUACAUUGCGCCAUAUAUUUACUCACGGGAUCGGACUUCAAUUUCAAUCCCAAAUGAGAAUAAUUUCAAUACUCAGACAUUAGCUUUACAUGCACUUCCUGACGGUGAGAUUUCGACCGACAUUUUAAAAUCGAAUCGUAUUUGGCUAUUUUUUAUCACAAUGAUACAAGAAAGACAGCAUUUGACAGUUAAAAGCUAAGUCUGCUCUUCAUUGGUGUUAAAAAGUAAAUCGAUAAACGUAAUAUGUAAUGCAUAAUAACAUGCCAAUUUUGGAAAACCUAUUUUUUAUAUACACCCUGUAUGAGAACAUACUGUAGUCUAUCAAGGUAAGAUGUCUGGAAACUAAAUAUUAGUCAUUGUUUGAUGACUUUGAAUCUUUGAUGCUUUUGUCUGAGUUUUAUAUCGGUUAAUUUGUGUACAUUCACGGUGAUUAAGCUCAUUGUAUUUUUGAUGAAAUGUGCAGCCACGAUGAAUAAUAUUUAAUUAAUGAAGUUGAGACAAAGGAUUUGUGCACGGUGAGGUACAGUUCAACACGAGACAAAGGUCUUCAAUUUUGUAGCUUUGAAGUUUGCCGGGUUUCCAGAUCAUCAUGUCUUGACAGACUAUGAUCAGAACAAAGUUCAGUACAUAAUGAUAUUAUGUUGAGUUAAUUCAAACCUGUAAAGUAUAUUUCUAUUUAAACUUGAUUUCAAUAGAUGAUUCCUCCUACCGACUAAUUUUUUUAUCCAGACGAGAAGGGCGUAAUCUAUUAUUUUUGCUCAAAAUAGCAUCCUAAAAUUAGUAAAAUUGCAAAGUUUGGUUCCGAAAUUUUGUAAAAUACGGAAAAUAUAGCCCUGUGAAAUUAGCAAAUUUUGAGUAUUUAUUUAUUUUAUUUUUUUUUACAAGUUUGUCAUUGCAAUAGAUCUAUGUAGAGUACUAUGGUUACAAAUGACUGGAAUUUCCACACAGAGAUAGUUCUCCAAUAACGGGGUUCCAAAAAAGAACAACUAAUGGUAUAUCUAAUUAUUUUGAAGUUAAAGCAAACAUAACAAUUAAACACAAAUACAAGAAGACAAAGCAAACGUAUUGACGAACAAACGAACAAAAACUAAAUUUAGCAACAUGUUCGAGUUGAUAAGUUCAUUAGUGGGCGAGUGAUGUAACAUUUAAUACACACAGACUUAAAUGUUCUUGGGUCUUCAGGGUCAUAAAUUUGUUGGGUUAAUUCUACGCAUUAUUUCAUUAGAUUACAUUUAAAUGUAGUUAGAGAUGUGGUGGUAUUUCUUAUGAAGCCGGGAAGCGUGUUCCAUACAUUAGCAGCUCUGAUGUAAAAGCUGUUUUGAAAAGAAACAGUUUUACUUUUGGUUACAUGAAGUAGGAUGCCGUUAGUUGAACUAGUAUUUCUUGUUUCUCGUGUAGGGAUCUUUAUAG